AUGGAACCCAAAUUCGUCUUGGGUUCGAUCCGAACCGAAGUCCCCAGAGAAUUUCCAAAAUCCAGACAAGCCAACCGCUUGUUUGGUCUCGAACACUGUCCUGUCUUUUAUCCAACGAUAGACGAGUUCAAAGAGCCUAUGAAGUAUUUUGAAUCGAUUGGCUCAAAGCUCAAGCAGUUUGGGAUCGGAAAAAUUGUCCCCCCAACCGGUUGGAAACCUCCGUUUGUCUUGGACACUGAUCAAUUUAAAUUUAAAACUCGGCUCCAACGACUAAACGCCAUGGAAGCAUCUGCUCGAGCAAACGUAAACUUUCUGGAACAGCUAUACCUGUUCCACCAACAGCGCGGCUCGUCUGGGAUUGUCAACGCAACCUCCCAACUUCAGGUACCGCUGAUUGAUCAUCGACCAGUUGAUCUCUGGAGGCUGAGGAAAGAGAUUAAUGAGCUGGGCGGAUACGACAACAUCACCAUCCAGCGCAAAUGGUCCUUCCUAGCCAAGACCAUGGGAUACAAUACCAAGGCAUCCCCGGCAGUUUCGUUCAAGUUGAAAUCGGCAUAUGCCAAGAUCAUCGCCCCCUUUGAUGAAUAUUUCAACCGGGUCAAACAGAGCCCACCUAAACCUUCCAAUAAUCACUGUCGUAGGGAUCGCUCUCCAGCGGACUCACUCUCGCCCCUGAGCUCCUCUCUCGCUGACCAUGAUGAAGCCAACCGAAUCUCAGCCUCAAAGGAACUCAAAACACAUGAGAAUGGCCCACUCACCGACGAAUCUGGCAAGCUGGUCGCCAACACCAAUGGCACUCCUGCUCUCAAAGCCUCAACGGAAAAAUCCAGAAGCUCUGCUCCCCCAAUCAGGCGACCAUCAACAAGUCACAAGUCAACCACUCAUGACCCAGACACAAGUAUGGACCACGGUGGGGAUAUAUGUGAGAUAUGUGGCUCAGACGAAGACGAUCCAAAUAUCUUGCUUUGUGAUAGCUGCGAUAAAGGAUAUCAUCUACAGUGUUUGACGCCCCCACUACUGACGGUGCCCGAAGGAAACUGGUAUUGCGAUGCGUGUAUCGUCUCGACAGGAAAUGAAUUUGGAUUCGAGGAAGGGAGAGAACACACUCUUUCCAGUUUUCAGCGGCGGGCAGACGGGUUCAAGAAGAUGUGGCUUGAGACACAUCCAAUCUCGAAGUCAUCCCGGCGACAGUCGCUAGCUAAGGACGAGGGGCUCCCAGCAGCCGUCGGGGAUGAUUCCAAAUCAGCCUGGUCCACUAAACCUUUCAAAGAGCAGUUAAUCGUGGAAGACUUCAUUGAACGAGAAUUUUGGAGGCUGGUCGAAUCGCAGACAGAGACAGUAGAAGUAGAGUAUGGGGCCGAUAUCAACACGGCAGCUUAUGGCAGUGGCUUUCCUAAUCUGGAAAAGCAUCCAUUCGACCCUUACUCACGAGACGGUUGGAAUUUGAACAAUUUGCCAAUCGCUCCUGGGUCUCUACUGAGGUUCAUCAAAUCCGAUGUGGCAGGCAUGACUCAGCCGUGGAUAUAUGUCGGCAUGCUUUUCUCCACCUUCGCCUGGCAUAAAGAAGAUCAUUAUACGUAUAGUAUCAAUUAUCACCAUUGGGGUGAGACCAAGACCUGGUAUGGCGUCCCCGGCGAAGACGACACCAAGUUGGAGGAGGCGAUGAAGACAGCUGCACCUGAGCUAUUCGAACAGCAACCCGAUUUGAUGUUCCAACUCGUCACACUGAUGUCCCCAGCCCGCCUGGGGCGAGCAGGUGUUCGGACUUACGUUUGUGACCAACGGCCCAACGAAUUCGUGAUCACCUGUCCCCGCUCGUAUCAUUCAGGAUUCAAUCAUGGCUUAAACCUUAAUGAAGCCGUCAACUUUUGCUUGCCCGAUUGGCUACCGGAGGGUAAUUUAUGUGUUCAGCAUUACAAAGCUCUACAAAAGAUGCCCGUAUUCUCCCAUGAUGAGCUUCUGGUGACAAUAUUCCUCAACGAGAAAGGUCCUAAGGUUUCCCGCUGGCUUCUACCCCAUUUUCGAGACAUGGUUGAGCGAGAAAUCGCCGAGCGUCAAACUGCACUCACUCAAAUUACCAAUCUAUCGCCGGAUAUUGUGAUCGAGCCUGCUGAUUUACCAGAAGAGCAGGUACAAUGCCACCAUUGUAAAGCUUUUGCUUUUCUGUCCCAAGUCACUUGCCCCGAAUCCUCCAAUGUAUCUUGUCUCAAUCAUUCGCACAUCUUCGGCGAUAGUCCAAAAACAUUGAGGUGUAAGUAUACUGAUGAUGAGCUACAAAGCAUGCUAAUGCGCGUCAAUUCUCGAUCCAUCAAAGCUGGACGGUCUGUCGAUACGAGUGCACUUGAACAACGUACAUCUGGUCGCAAGAGGAAACCUUCAACUGCACUACUUGAAGCAACUCGUGCCGCUUUGCCUCUGGCCCAGAGAAUGAAACUCGCACACGCCUCGGCUGAGAACCGAGAAGAUCAGAAUGAAAACUCAAUUCAGUCGCAACAGGACUCGAUAAUGACCAACGAGAGUAGCAAUGAUUUCGACGACAAUGAGAAAACAGAACACGGCAGUACUACUAGUGAUGUACCGACAAAACCAACUCGCCGCCCGGGUCGCAAAUCCCUAGAUGGCCGUGAGUCGAGAAAUCCUGAUAAAUCAGUAUUAGCUGGUUUGAAUACUCGCGCUGCGCCCACUCCACGCGUUUCAGCUCCUACCACGCAACCAGCCAUAAAGAAGCGCACGUCGCAAAAAUUUAAGCCAGCCAUCGACCCACAUGAUUCACUGGCGCAGCAUUUCAAACCAUUUGGGCUACCCAGGCCAUCCAGCUCGCUCGGCCAAGCGUCUGCGCCACAUUCUACCGCAACAAACCCACGCUCAGACUCAAAUAAUACCAGUGAGUGGAAGGAAGACACCCACAUGAAUAGGCAUUAUGGAAGGCCACCCGAGAAUGCCGACCCUAAGGAAGCUGAAGUCGAAGGUAAAUGGCAUUCUCCCAAAAGCUCGCAUCGUGAUACAGUUGGCACACCAUCAUCUGCCUCUUCGCACAUUCACCGACUGCCUGUUGUUGCGCAAAUUGACGUUGGUGGAUCAGCGUCGAUCGUACAGCUCAGUCCUUCUCGAGAACCGUUGCUAGGCUCACGGACACGCAAGUCGAGCACACCACAGCCUCAUUUAGAAUCUCGAAAAGCCAAUGACAGCAAGACAUCCAUCGCUGGACGACAUGGAACCAAUGUUAUCAGGCUCAAGGCCUCUACUCGAGCCGUUUCUCAACCCGUGGAGGCUGGCAGAAAGCCUGAGCAGCUUGAAAAGGGUAGCAUCGCCUACAUGCCAAAACUAGAGCCCGAAAGCUCGGCCCCGAGUGUUCUUCAGCCUCUACCACGGCCUCCCUUUGCUGAACAUCUCCCUGGUCGAGAGCUAAAAUCGGCAGACGAGGUCCUGACUAAAUCUUCCCUACAACCUCUCUCGAUCACACCCAAUCCGCGAGGCCCUUCAACAUCAAGUUUGUUAAAUCUCUUGAAUCCGAUCGCGGCUGAUACCGCCUCUCCCUUUGACCACAAGCCACCCCCUCCUCCCCCCACCCAAAAUCUAAUUUGA